UUCAUUUGAUAACGAGACUAAUGAAUUUACCUAAAAGUUUGGAAGGAGAAAUGUGAUGAAGAAGAAACAAAGUUUUGACAAGGUUUUUAUGAGAAUGAUAGAUGCAAUUACAUGUGGAUUACAUUUUGUGAAUUGUGAAUAAUAAUUUCAGUUUAAGUGAAUUCCAUGAGUGCAAUUUGCUACAUGGCUUCAUUACAAGUAUGAAGUUUACGAACUUUUACGGCUGUGGUUUAUAAACAAAGAUGUCUACCUCCACGAAAAAACAUCGGUCAAGAAGAAGGGUCGCUGCUUUGAACUUUUUAUCGAAUAUUUCAUUGGAUGGCACACACAGAGACACGAAAUAUGCAAUAUUCAACAGAAGAGGGUUCAUUAGAACGAGCAGUAACCAGAGACAGAAGGAAAAGAAUGGAGAAAAAGAACCCAAAUUGGACGAAAGUAGUGGAGAGACGAUUAUUCCAUCGUCAACAUCGACAAUUGAAGCGGAGCAGUCGGUUCCACCGGUAUCAGUGCCACAGCGAAAUACAUUUACUGUUAAAUGUGAUGUAUAUGACGAUGGGAAUGAGGACGCUGUGCCCGCGAUAUCUCCUACUAAACGCCACAGUGAAUUAGACGACAUGCCAAACUCAACUUCACCUAGGGUCCACACUUAUUCAUGCGAAAGGGAACGAGUUUCCAGGAGAAAUCUCUUUAGUCAAUUUUCCACAGAGACAACAGCAAGUGCUGGAAGUUCUGCAAGCAAUUCUACCCUAGAGCAAUUGGGUCAGUUUAUAGUGGAGCGCACUCGAGAGAGAAUUCGACACAGGUCAAACUCAACAUCCACAGAAUCCUACUGUGAGUCCACUGUGGUUCAACCAAAAGGAGAAGUCAAGUAUCAUAUGCCAAAAGAGAAAGUUUUCAGGGGAGAGAGGGUGAUUGUUCUGUCCAAGAAAAAAGUGCCAGUCAUAGCAUAUUCUGUGUUGCCAUACACAAGACAAAGCCAACAAGGGAUCCUAAAUAAGUCAGAGGGAUUAACAGAAACUUUUCGCACACGGCGUUACUCUGGCAACCGACCUCUGUCUGUGAGCCAGGAAGGUAUCUUGGGACUUGGGCUGCAGGCAGUGGAACAAGUAGAAGAUGGACAGGAUGUUUCCUACAGUCAGUUCCUAGUCAGUUCUUCAGAUCGGCCACUGCAGCGUUUUUUAUCUGCUGAAAGGAUGCAUUUGACUGGGGCAGACUCCGUUCCUGCUAGUCCUGAAAUUCCACUGAAAGGCACACAGGCCAUGGAAGAAUGGCUACGAUUGUGCAGACGUCUGCAGCAUGGUGCUCCCUUUUUCCGAAGUGGGUCACACGACCCAACCCUUUCACUCACUUGGGGAACGAGUAAUUUAUCACAUUCUCCUUUUCUGGAUAAAG